AUGAGCAAGAGAAGACUUAGUCUGGAGCCUGGAAAGCGAGUUUUCCUACUGUCUUGCAUUGAUAAGGAUCCAAGAAAGAAUCUGUGCUCAAUGAUCAAACAGUUGAAUGGGACUGUUUUGGUUUCUCAGGAUUUCAGGUGUGACUGUACUCACGUCAUCAUUGGCAAGUUAUCGAGGGGAGAGAAGUUUCUUGGAGCUCUGGCCAGUGGCAAGUGGGUGGUUCAUCCAGACUACAUUUGCGACUCACAUAGGGCAGGAGAUUUCUUGGAUGAAGAGCAAUACGAAUGGUGUGGUGACAGGAUUCUGGGCAAAUAUGAGGUGAACGAGGAGAUGGCGUUUGCUAGCAGGAGGUGGAGGUUUAUGUUGGGUGCAGCCUUCUCGGGUUGGAAGGUCGCUGUUGUGGCAGGGCAUGAACGGGCAACCAUUAUGAAAAGGCUUCUCCAUGCUGGAGGUGCAGAACUGUUCAACAUUCCUCUGCCUCUGAAGAAGCCAGAAAAGAUUGCCGACAUGGUUACAUACGUGUUUGUAAGCGAGGCGCACAAAGGUGCUGUGGCCCCAUUGGUCGACUACGGCGUCCUGUGCCUGAAGCCAGAGUAUAUCAGCGAUUAUCUAAUAAAGGACCCUGUGCCAGAUGUUAUGGAGUAUGUGGUGACAGUGGACAACACCAACACUGCUGUCCAGGAGCAUACCCCUAACCAAUCUGAAGAUGAUAUCAUUGAGCAAUAUUAUAUAUUGGCAACACAGGUAGAAGAUUUUGAGGUAUCACAUCACCUAUCGGGGUCUCUGCAAGAUGUUAAAAGGGAACUAGCAAAUGAAGGAGAACUGAGUUAUUCUGAUCGCCAAAUAUCAGUAGCAUCGAGAGACUCGUUUUACAAAGCACAAACUACAGCUGUUGAUGGUCCUGAAGAAUCUCUGAAUGUCACUGAAAACAAAUCUAAAAAUCUACUAGAAAAAGAAAGAUCUCCACUCCGUCAGAGUUCAGAAACAGUUGAAGAAAAAGUUGAAUGUGAAGACCAUGCUGGAGGUAACGUUUGUAACAUAUUUGAAAUCUCAAAACAACUUACAGAAUGUUCUGAUAAUGAAUAUCCUAACCGUGUUAUAAAAGAGAAUUUUAAACUAGAGUCAGUCAAGAAACAAGACAUUGAACAAGAAAAACAGGACAAUAAAGGAGAGAGGCUCGAACAGUACCCAUUCUUGCUGAAAUGUCGGUCGAUUGUAAUUAGUGAAAACUAUUCACUGCCCUGUUCUGACAGUUUACAGAGUGAGUUUGGUCUGCCUGAUGGAAAGUCCAUUAGCAGUGAUGACACAUUGUUAGAACAACCACAGCAGUCAAAUAACAUGACCCAUAGACAAUUAAGGAAGAGACACUUUGUGUCUACUGUUACAGAUUCUGACAGACCAGAUUUUACCCCUCGUAGGAAAUCCAUGGGAUCAUAUGAAAAACUAUCUAAACACACACAGCAGGGCAACCAAUCAAGAGAAUUCCACAACCUCUGGUCAGACAUUAUACUGAUGAUCAUUGAAGACGAGUUCUACCACUGUUCACUGACAGAGCUGAGUAACGCCCUGUCCUACCAGGACUACCCCCAGGCGGAGAUACUGUUGCAAGUCAUGGAUGUUGUGCUGUUUAAAACGGACUCAGAGCUCGAAUCUAACCUGGCCCUCAGUGUGUUAGACAACGUGUUGACUCUCCACCCACCUGUCACAGUGGCAAUGCAGAGACUGUAUCUGGAGGCCCUGGUUGACCAAGAGUCCAAGAAAUCCAACCUGCCUGUUAGCUAUGAGUGGGCCUUUAUUAGAGAUGUUAUCAGUGGAAGCCUCUUAGGAGACGAAUUGUUUCGGAGGAAGAAUGUCGGACUGCUGCGAUUCCUCACCAAACUGCUGAAGACUAACGUCGACCAUUUCACACCAUCCAGUCUCAAUGACCAACCACCAAAGCACAUGCUGUUUAAAAUAUUUUGGCCAACGUCGUUCGUGACUUUCAAUUCGCUAUGUCGGGAACUGUUUGACUUUGUUCAGGAAAUCUUGGAAGUUCUGGGCACCUGUCACACUGCAUCAGAGAGGAUCUGCCUGCGUCAAGUCCUUCAGGAAGUCUUGUUGCUGGUAGCUAUGGUAACAGAGACAUGCCGUCGUGACGAGAAAGUGACGGGCCUCAAGGCAAUGUCGGCUGAGCGCACUAGGGAGUUCAUCAUUCAACUAGAAAACAGAACACGUGGGAGAUGCAAUACUGAUACAUUUCUGUUUGUGAGCUCACGAUUACUGUUUCCAUGGUUACAAGUGUGCUUCUGUAAACAAGUCCUGGACAGUCACACUUUGUACAACGACUAUCUGGUGGCAGACAGACCGGAGAAGAAAUUUGACCUUUCAGUAAUUGUGACCCAUUACAUUUAUCUCCUACCCAACAUGAUACAGGAUGUAGGCAAUGCAGUACAACCCAAGGCAAGCACAAGUCAGUCAAGCAGUAUUGCUGACAAGAUUCCCAACAAGCGGCAAAUGGCAAAAAAUAGCAAAGGAGAAAGUAAAUUAAUGAGGGCCUGCAUACGAAAUGACAUAGAGAAAGUAAGGGAGCUCCUUGCAACACCAGGUGUUGACGUAAAUGCCACUGACCAUGCAGGCUGGACAGCACUUCAUGAGGCAGCUUUCCAUGGACAUGUAGAUUGCAUCAGGGAGCUACUGAAGUAUGUUCCAGUGAAAUCAGCGGCCACUGGAGGGCAUGGAACCAAUGCGUUACAAAAGGUCGACCUGUUAGCGGUAAAUGAUGAAGGCAUCACUCCGCUACACGAUGCGGCGAGAAAGAACAAGGUGGAGGCUUGCCGUCUGCUACUGCAACACGGAGGAACCAAGCUGCUCAGGGCACUGAACAUCUGGAAGCAGACGCCUUUACAGAUUGCUCAAAGUAACCAGUCUUACGAAGUUGUAUCGCUGUUGGAGACGUAUCAGGGAGAUGAGACUAACAGAGUUUCUAUCAGGCCAGAAAAAUCAGCAGAAGCAAUUUACAAAGGAACAGAUCCCUUUGAAACGAGAUACGAGGAGGCAUUAUGCGUGGACGGACGGAGAAUUUAUGCUGACAAGUGCAGCACUUUAUUAUACAUUCAAGUUGUGACAGAGCUCAUUGUUGCCAAGAUUUGUUUGACAAACGAACUGAGCAGGACUAAUAGGACAGUAAAUCAGUGCAAACAGUGUCAACAAAGACGUGAAUCUCUUAGUGAAAUCUCUAAUGGUAACAAAUUGACAGACGUUGACAAAAACAAAAAUCAUGUAAUGCAGGAUACUGUCCCACCUCAGACAGACCAACAGAGAUGUGAGACUUCAUAUGUGAGUGAUGUGAGAAACCUUUCUAGUGAAGACAGUAUUUUGCUUGAGAACGGGACUUCUACAAGUGGUUCACAAAUGCAGGAAACAUGUGACAUGGAUCACUUUGAUGUGACGCACUUGGACAUGUAUGUUGAGCGAUUUCGGAGGCAUCUGUUGAGAAUUUCCCAGCCUGAAGAUACCAGGCUGAUAGAGGAGAGUUUGUUUGAACUUAAAAUGUUCAGUGAGAGUUUGAGAUAGCUCAGUCAACAUGAUAUUGUAGCAAGCUCAGUGAACAUGAUAUUGAAGCGUUUAGAUUGUAUAAAUAAAAAAUCUGUGUAUAUGUGCUGGAAGGAGUAAGUUUAUCAAAAACUAGUCACCUGUCAAAAAGGAUAAAACAUGGAGGUGUCAUGUAGCAGUCUCACUGCCCGUCUAUGCGUCUGUCCUGCUGUGCUGAUGUCAGUCCAAAACUUCCUUUCACAGCCAUUACUUUGCCAGACAUUGAUGGAUUUGAAAAAUGAUUCGGCAUUUUAUGUUAGUCUUCAUAAGACAACAUGUUGCAUGUAACACACAUCUACCGACCUUAAAGGUCAUGAUCAAACAUAAAAAUCGAAGGUCACAUUUGGCCAUUAGAAAGCUUGAAAACUCACGUAUUAGCUAUAACUUUAACUUAUAUGAAUGAAUUUAUAAAUAACAUGGCAUAAAUGUAAAUCAUUGUAAGGAAAUGUGUUGUGUGUAAAACAUGUCAUCCUACCUUCUAGGUCAAAAUCACACUUCAUAUCUAAAUAGAAAUUUGCGAAUCUGAAACAACUUUUUUAUAUUUGGUCUAUUUACCAAAACGUGAAAAGGCCCCUUUAAGCUGUUUAAGCCAAUAUUUUCAUGCUCAAAUAUUAAGUAAUGACAAAUUGACUCCAAAAUUUAUUUUAGUUGAAUAUCAUAAUUAAAUGUUCAUGAUACAGAAUAUAAAAUGCGUACCUUUGUACUCAGCAGUCAAAUUUAUUCCUUAGAUUAACUUCUGUGUAAAAAAAUCAAAAUUGGAAACAAUUUAAAAAUAAAAUGCACAAACUAUCAUUUAUCAAAAUAAUAUCCGGCAAGUGACGUUAAACCGAUAAUAUCCCAACUUCAAGGCUAUAAUGCCCUAUUGCUGCCACAUGGUACCUUUUUGCACAAAAGGGGCGAUUAUUAUGUAUAUUGUCAGGGUCACUGUUCAUUUUUAUGCCCCCUUUCAAAGAAAAGGGGGUAUAUAGUUUUCGCACUGUCCGUCAGUCUGUCUGUCAGUCUGUCACACUUUUCGUGUCCGCUCUCUUAUUCAAAUAGUUUUCAUCCGAUCUUUACCAAACUUGGUCAGAAGUUGUAUCUAGACAAUAUCUAGCUAGGUCAAGUUCGAAUAUGGGUCAUGCCGGGUCAAAAACUAGGUCACAGGGUCACUUUGUGCAUUUCAAGGAUUUAGCAUGGUGUCCGCUCUCUAAUUGAAGUAGUUUUCAUCUGAUCUUUACCAAACUUGGUCAGAAGUUGUAUGAAGACAAUAUCUAGGUCAAGUUUGAAUAUGGGUCAUGUAGGGUCAAAAACUAGGUCACAGGGUCACUUAGUGCAUUUCAAGGAUUUAGCAUGGUGUGCGCUUCUAGUUUCUGUGGCUUUCUGGUUUAUUUUGAUAUUCUAAGACAUUUUUAUGCCCCCGAAGGAGGGCAUAUAGUGAUCUGACUGUCCGUCACACUUUGCUUUGAUUUAGAAAAAUACUCAUAACUUCUAUGUCGCUUCAGAUAGCAAUUUCAUAUUUGGCAUGCAUGUGUAUAUGGACAAGGCCUUUCCAUACGCACACAAAUUUUGACCCCUGUGACCUUGACCUUGAACUUAGGGUAUGCACUUAGGUUUCCAAAUCUGCGUUUAGGUUUCGAAAAAAUCUCAUAACAUCUACCAAGCGUUUAUAUAAGGCAUGUGUCAUCCUAUGGUGACAGCUCUUGUUGAAUAUAUUCUGUAUCUUCAUUUUCAAAUUGUAAAAAAUAAUUGUAGUGUCAGAAAACUUUGACUCAUUACAGAAUAUAAUAUGAAUGUGCUCAUGCUACAUUGCAAUUCUAUGUUGACCAUGCAUGGUAUUGCAUGAUAUUAUGACUUUUGUCUAGAGUCUGAGUGUAUCUUUAGUGAUACUAUUUAAUAAAUAAAGUGUGAUAUUUGUUUGCAUCAUUGAACAAGAAAUUAUGUGUGAUGAAAAUAGAAAUAUUUGUGAUUAGUAUAUUACUGUGGACCACAUGAGACAAGUCAUUUAUAUGCAUGUUUAUGGUUGUUGUUUUUUUUGGCAGCUAGUUUAUUAUCCCAAACCGAAGGCGAAGAAAUACAGAAUUGGCGUUGUCGGUCCGUUAGACCGUCUGUCACAAAACUUUUCAGGGCUAUAACUCAGAAACUGUAUAAGAUAUCAAUGUUAAACUUCAUGGUUACUAGUAUAAUAUCAAUUAGGAAAAGUGCCAUGCACAAGAACCAUAACCCUCCACUCUCUUAAAUAAUAGUUAUUGCACUUUAUUUUUUGUAUGAUGUAACUUUUCAGGGCUAUAUAUCAAAUACUAUACAAGACUUCAACUUGAAACUUCAUGGGUGUAUUGAUACCAAUGAGGAGAAGUGCCAUGCGUCAGAACCAUAACCCUUCACUUUUUUAUAUAGGAGUUAUUGCCCUUUGUUGUUUUUAUAUGAUGUAACUUUUCAGGGCUAUUACCCAGAUAUAAUACAGGAUUUUAACAUGAAACUGUAAAAAUCAAUGGGAAGAACUUCCAUGCACAAGAAUCAUAACCUUACACUUUCUUUAAUAAGAAAUAUUGCCAUUUGUUGUUUUUGUUCCCUACUGGUUUCACCGUAGGGGACUUAUGGUUUGAGCUCUGUCUGUCUGUCAGUCUGGCAGUCAGUCACACUUUUCUGGAUCCUGUGAUAACUUUAAAAGUUCUUAAUAUAUUUUCAUGUAACUUUAAACAUGGAUAGAUGGCAAUAUGGAGAUUAUUCACGUCAUUUCAUUUUGUUCCUACGUCAAGAAUUCUGGUUGCUAUGGCAACAAAAAGACUAGAAAUACUGCUGAAAUUGUGGUUUUCUGGAUCCUGCGAUAACUAUAAGUUCUUCAUAUUUUUUCAUGAAACUUGAAACAUGGAUAGAUGGCAAUAUGGACAUUAUGCACAUCAUUUCAUUUUGUUCCUACGUCAAAAAUUCUGGUUGCUAUGGCAACAGAUAUGAAUAAAAAAAAUGACAAUGGUGGAAUUUCUGACAAUGGUGGAGCCGGUAGGGGACAUAUAUUGCUUGGCAAUGGUCUUGUUGUAUGAUGUAACUUUUCAGGGCUAUAUCUCAGAUAAGCCACAAGAUUUCAAAAUGAAAUUUCAUGUGUGUAUAUAUAUCAAUGAGGAGAAUUAAUGCAAUACAUAUACAGAAUACCCUACCCUUAAUUAUUUUUUUAGGAUUAUACCAUAUAUCAAGAAAUGUGCACACAUCCAUUAACAAAAUUUGGUGGGCGGGGAGAUCAAUUCAACUGCUUUGCUUUUUGGUAUAUUAUUAUUGAUUUCUUCUCAUGUGUUGUUAUUAAUAUUGUAAUUUUAAGAUCCUAACUGUUAGGUGAUAAUGGGACGCAGGCCCUCUGUUUUGAGCCAAAUUGUGUGUAUAGGCAUUUUUGGGCAAAUAUUUUUUUAUGCAUUUGAAAAAUACCGGCAUUAUAUGUUCGUUUUUACAAACUGCGUUCAAGACAAAAAGUUUCAAAAUGUGCUGAAAAUAAAAACUUAUUUUCCGCAUUUGAAAUGAUUAUUGUCAAGUACUUUCAGUAUGUAUAUGUUCAUGAUUAAUAAAGUAGCAUUCGUUUGAACUCAUAUUAUAUAGCUCUAUGUAUUAAAUCAAGAAUGUUGGAUUGAAGAUGAUUGUAAUAAUGAAGUAGAUAGUAUUAUAUUCUAGCAUAUUACAGUUGUAUAAUAUUAUAUUUUAACAUAUUAUAUAAUUCUGUGUAUUUCAUUGCUUGGUAAAACAUAAAUGUUAUGAUAUACAUUAACAUAAUUAUACUUGUGUAAUUGUAAAAAAAAUUUGCAUUGAACAUAAAUGCAUCAGUCUUAAAUAAAGCUUUCAGGCUAGAUAAAAAAAACAAUAACACAUUAUUUAAAAUUAGUUUGUUUUUAUGCAUUCAUUCUGUUGGGCUUUUCCUGUUGAACCUAACUUUGCAAGUAUUGAAUGGAUUCAAAUGAAACUUCAUAUACUAGUAGAGGGCAAGUAGAAAAGUGCAAAACUGCAGAGUACAGGAACCACAACUCUCUCAUUAUCAUAGGAUUUACAUGGUUGUUUCCCUUUUGUGAUGGUUUUUUGCAGAGCAUAACUACUUUAUAUUGUGAUAGUUAUGCGUGAUAAACGCAUAACUUUUAGUAUAUUAUUGAUUGUAAUGAAAAUUAAUUUAUCAAUUAAGUAUGGGGGAAUUUAUGUUCCUCAAUGGAACAAAAAAUCUUAUUUGUUUUCCACAACUUUGAAGGUCAAGAACACUCUUUGGGAUCAAGAUGAUACCCCAGGGCCCUUGUAACUUGCAGUGACAGCUUUGAUUUCUGUCUAGCUAGUCUUGUGUUCAUGUUUUACAGCAGAUUUCUUGUGUUCAGUUUUUACAUGUACAGCAUGUUUCUACUGUUAAGUUGAUGUUUUUUGAAGUUGUUUGCAUACUUGUUAUUUUUGGAAAUAAAGAUUAACUGUA